AUCUGGGUUUUCUCCUCUUCAUUUUUUCUCAUUUCAUCAUCAGCCACCUUCGAACACCCUCUCCAUUAUCUCUUUCCUUUGCAACCUUUUUCUCUCCCUUCAAGUCCAACAAAGAAGAAGAUGGCCACACCGGUGAUAGAGGUUGUGGCAAGAGAGAAGUUAUGCUCGCGCCGCGAUGCCUUGACUACUAAGGGAGGAUCUCCAUCAUGGGCGCUGGGAGUCUGGUCACCAGCGGUGGGUUCGUAUAGCUUCUCCACGAUCUGGGUAGAAGAAGAAACUGUAUGUGUACAUUUUGUGGUUAGGUUUGUUUUUGUUUCCUUUUUUAGUGUUUGACUUCUCCUUCUUCCUGAUUUCUUCUUCUUCUCGGUGGGUGCUCAGAAUGCAGUGAUCUGUGUGGGUUUGUGAAGGGAUGUAGAGGACGAGGUCGACCACGCGGAAACCUGCUGCUGCAGCUUGCAGUGUCGGACAAUCCCCGUGUCAUCGUCGGCGGGGACGAAGAUGGGUCAAUUGGGAGGAGAACGGAACAGAGUGCCAACGACUUUGCACUCGGACUGUGCAGGUCGGGACACAAUGCUAAAAGGCGAACCUCAGCUUCCUGGUGCAGGUUUUAAUCCACCUUGGUUGCUAUGCUGCUCAUUCUAUUGCUUUGUUCUGUUCUUUCUUUCUUGUUUUACUACUGUUGGCUUAUUCAUGCCAUUUUUGUUGCCUCUUAGUUCAAAGAGCGACGAAUCCUUAGGCAGAACUUUGAUGGGAGGGUGACUCCCUAGUCCCUACCCAAGGAAAAGAUGUCGGACGGCCAGAGUAAGUUAUUUUUUUAUGAGGGAAGACGUACUCCAUAGAAAUCAGCUUUACUAUUUUACCUUACUGUGGAAAUUAACACACUCAGUUGGUUUGGUUCUUCACUUUCUUUUCUUUUUUCCACUUUGGGGCUCUCUUCCUUUAAUUUUUUAGUUCAAUGGUGUUCGUUAGAGGUUGGAUUCUUUGGGCGCAAUGAAUAGGUUGGAAUUGAUUUUUAAUGUAGAAACUGUGAAUUUCUAUGCUUGCUCAUGCUCUGAGUGGGUACAACGAAUUCGUCUAUAGGGGGUAAGAAAUGUGGUUAUUUAGUUUAUGAAUUAGAGGUGUUGCUCUUUCACUUGAAUCUAGAUGUAACAAAAAAUUAUGUGAUCAUAACCACGAGGGCAGAAUAUCAAGAAGGUAUAUAUAUUACAACAUGAACAAUAACCAUCUCCAUCAACCUAUGGCAAGCAAUGCUUCAAAGGAUCGUAGUCGUUUGUACAUGCUAUAGAAGUAGUUUCUGUCUACUCAUGAAUAAUGAUUUUUGAGGAGGAGCUGAGUUGUUAGUCUGUAAUGUAUACCAUAUUUGUUGCGGUUUUGAACCCCUUUCCUAUUUUAAGUUGUAUCAGUCUGAGUUAAUGAAUGUCUCAUCAGCUGGUUUGUAAUGAAGGUGUUUUGGAUAUUGUACCAUAUAUUAAUGGAUAAGAAGAAUGACAGACAUGUUGAGUGAAUGGCAAUUACAUUUAGAUUGAGUAGUAUAUUUUUGUCACCUAUUUUGUUGUCCAUUUUCACUUCAUUUGUUCUUUAUUCGUUUGCCUCGGCUGAUAUUACUCCAAGAUCUAGAUGUUGAGCGCUUCUACUAUGCUAUAUAGUAUUGGUGCUUUAAUGUACAACUUGAAGUUGUACCAUAACAUUAAAUGUAUAUGUUUAGGUUGUACCAUAAAAGAAUUUGUAUCAUUAUGUUAUGGUACAACUUUACAACUUGAAGUUGUAUCAUCACACAAGGUACAAGUUUAAGUUGAACCAUAAAAGAAUUUGUACAAAAUGUAUAGGUACAAUCUGAAGUUUUACCAUAAUGUUAAAGGUACAAUUUCAAGUUGUACCAUAAAGGCAAAAACCUAUAACACCAAUACUAUAUAGCAUUGUAAAAUUCCUCAUAGAUGUUUUCAGCUGCCAAUUGUUCGUCUUAUUAAGAUAUGGAAGGUUCACUUUGUUUGUGUUUGUAACAUGAUACAGAUAAAGGAAGGAAAAACUUGGUUUCAGAGAGAGAAUUCAGCUUACAUAAAAUGAUUCUUUUGUUUUGUGUUUCUCUUGCCCUUCCAAUCUCAGUAUGUGAGUUUCUCUCUCUCAUUAUAUUAUAUAUUCUUUAAAAUAUAAAGAGUGGGUACGCUUUAUUGCUCAAAGCCGCUAUUUACUGUUUCACUUCUUGUCGUUUUUUGUGUGCUCCCUCACCGGCCUCCUUUGGCUUUGAACUUGCAGCGACCGCUUCUUGCUUCUGGAAGGCACGUUAUCCAGUCAGUUCGUCGCUCUGCUUUGCUUUCCCGCACAUUCAAACCAUGCCUUCCUUCUGCUUCUACAGUGUUGUCCUCUCCCCAACAGUUGGCUACGAUUGUACUGGGAGACAAAUGGUUCCCCUUUCCCCACUCCAUAAUCUCUUUCUUCUCUCUUGCAAGUUGCAACGAAAACCCUAAAAGUUUCCUCGCUGCUGCUCGCCAUGGAACCCGCUGCAGAGCACGACGGUAGCAAUGAAGAUUUGGAUGCCACAGUUUCGUCGAGUUCGUAAUCGAGCCCUAUCCAUGGUGAGGAACAACAAAAACUGACGGUGGUGGUGGUGGCGCUGGACCAGUAGGAGAAAAGGGUCAGAGUUGGUGGAACCGCCGAUGUUCAGGAUGGAAGACAGGAGAAGCUCGCGGCUGCCGAGGAGGGGACCUAGAAUGGCCACGACUCCCUGGCCGGGGAAAAGUAGGGCGGCGGCGGCACAAGCUAACCAUGGAGCUUGGAGCAGCAGCAGCAAACGUAAUUACAAAAACUGGUUUGGGAGGCCGGUGCCACUGACAUCAGGUUCCCGUUCACCAUCAAUGGUAGGCCAUCUUCAAGUUAGGACUUUAGAAUAGACAAUUUUGAGUGAAAGCACUCACAAGUUUUGAUCUUUAAGAGAGGGUUGAGCUAUGAACCUGAUAUUGUGGGAUUACCAGAUGGGGAAUGCUAACAAGAGAUGAUGUGAGAGGGGUCAAGAAGGUGACAAAAUUGCCACUUAAGGCUGAAACCAACCAAAUCUGAGCUACUACUGAAAAUCAAUUUACUAUUUAUGUUUUGUUCUUUAAUAUGUUUUUGUGCAGUGCACAAGCAAAGGGGCUUUAGUGUUCUUACUGCUUCUUUCUUUCACUUGCUGUUAUUAUUUCAAAGAUUGUAUCUUAUUACUACUUGGCUUUGUGUGGAGUCUGUUGUUGAGGAAUUUCACUCACUGUGGCAGGUCUAAAGGAAAAGUUCAUUGGAUUCACAUAAUAUAAGCAAGAUUUUUCAUUGUUUGUUCAUCUUGGUUUGAUGCUAUUAGCUCUACUAUUGCAUCAUUUCGAUACUUUUGAUUCUCUGGUCAGUGGGUGGAUAAUAGAUUAGAAAAUAUCCCGAUUGUGAUUAAUAAUGGAGUUAUCUAUUUUUAUGAAUUAUAAUGGAGGUUAAUGUAGAUAAAAUUUCUACCCUCCCUCUGUUCACCAUAAAAACGAGAACAAGGUUUCACAAAACUUGGACAAGAUGGACUUCAGAAUAUUUGUGGUGUUUUGUUGCACAUGAACAUGGGUAAGGCUUGAACAGAUUCUCUCUAUAUAUUAGUUGUUUCUCGGUUUUGACAGAAUUUCUGGUUUCACAUGUGAGCUUUGGUUGAAUUAUAGGUUAGUUUUCAUUUGCUUCUCUUGGAUUAAGCAAUGUUAAGGACACAGUUGGUGUCAGCAAGUUUUGAUAGUAAUGCUUAUGUUUCUAUGAUGCAUGUUCGUGGCUGAUUGCUUAUGGCAUUACAGUGGUCUCCUUUGAAGUUUCUUAUUCGGAUUUAUUUUUCCUUCUUUGUUGGAUUCAGAUUCCCUUAGAUUGAUUAGUUUGACAGAACGUGCCAGCCCAAAUCAGAGGACGAGAAAGCAGAGGUAAAAACACAGUAUCGGUUGGAUAUACUGGAGUUCACAUUGAACUAAAGUUGACAAUCAUUCAUGGUACUGAUCAAUGUUGUUUUAUCUCUUCCCCUUUAUCUUUAGUUCCUUUACCUUACUACCUGAUGUGUUAGGCUCUUUACGAAGUUGAAAUGCUUGAUUGAUGUCAUAGAGCCUCCAUUAUCAAUUGAUAGAGUAUGCCAGUUUAUAGUUUGUAAGAUUAAAUUCGGCCAAUGAUCAUACUUGCUUCAAUUGAACAAGAUAUGAUUUUCACAACUCUUUGGAGUCCCCUUUGUGAAAACAUUCACCGAAUUUAGAUGAACCAGCCAAUGAUCAUAGCACAUGCAUAUUCUCUAAACAUAUCCUUCCCCUUAUUUGUUUUUCAUCUCUUAAUCCAUCAGUCCCUUUUGUUUUUUUGAGUUUAUCUGAUGUCAAUUGCAUAUUUUGGUAUUAGAAUUAUGGCAACCAGAAACUGAUGUAUUCAGGGAAGUUUGCAGAUCAACCAACAAGUUGAAAGAAAGGUAAUUAGCUGCACUUUCUCCUUCGUUAAAAGUGACAACUACUACAAACCAUAUCUUUUUUUUGGAUUUGUAGGGUUAAGUAUUCUUACUCUUUUUCAUCUCUCUUGGAUUUAAGCUGAACUCAGCAGGUGGUUCAGGGGAUUUUUGUGAUGCUUACUUGACUUCUUCCUUUCUUAAUGCAAACUUGGAGAAACUACCGGCUGCUCAAUGAGGUCAAAUUCGUGGGGGAAAGUUUGGAGGAGACAGGUUGUAGAACUUUUCAGAACAUCUAAAACAUUUCAGGCAGUUUUCUCGCUUUGUGUUGGCAGAACGUUCUGAACAUGAAAUAUUAAUGCAUAAAUUUGUAUCAUCUUCCAUGGGUCAAUUUCUGCAUCAAAGCUCAAGGAAGUGAAAACCAAAAAGAAUGGUGGAGAAGGGGAAAGCAAGGUGAAUUAGACUACAGUGAGAAACCAAAUCGUCCAUUGGAGACAAAUACAAAAGGUGCAUUUACACUAUGAUUUGUUUUCUCAUGAUGUCUGUUUUUACCUUCCCGAACUGUUAAGUUUGCUUUGGCAUAAUAAGAAUGUUACCUUCUCGAUUGAUGCAGUUUAUUAUAAUUGGGUACACUUUUGGGCCUUCAUAGGAUAUUAGUUUUCCAGCGUCGGAGUGAAUUGAAUGCUUGCAUUGUUAAUUUACGGAGUGAAUUGAAUGCUUGCAUUGUUAAAUGAUGCAGGAAUAUCAGAAAGGAGGAACAAUUUCUCUACAAGCUCAAGGAAUCCAAACUUCUUCACCACCAUAGCUAAAGGUCGCCUGAAGCAUUGUUACAUUGUAGAUUCGUCCAUUUUUAUCAAACGAAAUUGUCUUCUUUUCCAAAGGAAGUUUCUAUCAAAUGCUUAUACUUUGGAGAUAUCUCUUAUCUGCAGUAAAUGGGGAAACUACUUGGAUUUUACUAAUUGUUUGAUAUUGUGUAGUUAUGAAGAGAUUCGGACCUUUAAACAUAAUUUGAUGUUUGAGAGCACCAUGCUGAUUGACUAUGGAAUUCACGAUGCGAAGGUUUGCCAACUACUUUCAGUAUUGUGAAAUUCAGCCCAAUGACAAGAAAACAACAAACUCAAU